AUUAGUAAUUGUCUGAAAAUAGAAACUUCUUUUACUCCUCCUUUAAACAUCAGAUUUUCCUUUCCUGGCCCUCUUCAAUUGAAAAAGAAAAAUAAAAAUAAAAAGCAUAAAAAUCGGAACCAAAAGAUUCAAUUAUUUUCUAUCUGUUUCUUUUCUUAAUCCACUCUCUAAUGGAAGCCGAUGUAUCCAUCCUCUUUCAACCUGAAACCCUAACGCAAUAAUUUUAUAAUAAGAGAAACCCAUAUUUAAAUUUUUUUUGUUUGGGAAAUUUGUUUUAGGGUUUUGUUUUGUUUUUUUUUUUUCUCUUGAGGAAAUAAUUAAAGAAUGAAUCGUGUUGGUAGUGGUGUUGUGAUUUUGUUGUUCUAUUUAUCAGCUUGCUGCUCGAUGACCUUGGCGAACGUGGUUUUGAUCGGUCGUAAUGUUACUUUGUCUUUCGAUGAUGUUGAAGCUACUUUUGCUCCGGCAGUUAAGAGCUCAGGUGAAUGUGGGCAAUUGUAUUUGGCAGAGCCUGUUGAUGCAUGUUCAGAAUUGACUAAUAAAGUUGUGAAACCAACUUCAAAUGUUACUUCCCCAUUUGUGUUAGUUAUAAGAGGAGGAUGUAGCUUUGAGGAUAAAGUUAGAAGAGCACAGAGGGCUGGCUUUAAAGCUGCUAUUGUCUAUGACAAUGAAGAUGAUGGCGUCUUGGUUUCAAUGGCAGGGAAUUCAGCUGGUAUAAAAAUACAUGCUGUAUUUAUUUCUAAAUCUUCAGGGGAAACGCUCAAGAAAUAUGUGGGGUUGAGUGAGAUGGAGCUUUGGUUGAUCCCUAGCUUCGAGAAUUCAGCAUGGUCGAUCAUGGCUAUAUCUUUUAUUUCUCUGCUAGCCAUGUCUGCAGUGCUGGCUACUUGUUUCUUUGUUCGUAGACAUCGUAUAAGAAGAGGGCGUCCUCGUUCUUCUCGUGUGCGAGAGUUCCAUGGGAUGAGCAGCCGCUUGGUGAAAGCAAUGCCAAGUCUAAUAUUUACUGCUGUUGUAGAGGACAACUGUACCUCACAAACAUGUGCCAUAUGCCUUGAAGACUACAGUGUGGGAGAGAAGCUAAGGAUUCUGCCAUGUCGACACAAAUUCCAUGCCCUUUGUGUGGACUCUUGGCUUACUUCAUGGAGAACUUUUUGCCCAGUAUGCAAGCGUGAUGCAAGAACUAGCACUGGUGAUCCACCAGCAUCUGAGUCUACACCAUUACUCUCAUCCAGCCCAGCAUCCAUGGCUUCCUCUUCUGUUUUGUCAUCAUUUAGGUCUUCAUCAUCAUUGGCCAUUCAAAUUGCCUCUGGACCAUCACGAUCCUCUUCUAUUUCUCAUAUUCCAUCUCUUUCUACUACUCCUUAUCUCCAGCAGUCUCUUAGAUCAUACCAUCAGUCGCCUUCCAUGAAUGUAAAUCGCAGCUCAGCAGAUCUUAGGCAUGUGUCUUCUCAAAGGUCGAUCACUUCUAAUCUAGUUUCACCCCAUUCCCUGGGUUACCCAUCAAUAUCGCCUCUUAAUUCAAGAUAUAUGUCUCCAUAUAUUCCAAGCCCGAGCAAUGCUUCACCUAGUUUAAUAAGUUCCUCGAGUCAUCAGCAGCGCCCACUUCAUUGUAGCGAGUCUGCUGCUAGUUUCUCCCCGUUUGCGUCAGCUCAUUCCCUUCCAGAAACUUAAUUUAAAAUUCAAUAUAUGAUUGGGAGCUUCUAGGUAUGUGCCUGAAAAUAUGAAGAAACCAACGUUUAUGGCAUCCUUUGGAUCUCAAGUUAUCACACCUUAGGGCAUUAUUUCAUGAUUGGAUUUCAUCAAAUGUGAUGGUUGCCUCCCUUGCACCGUACCUGGAACACGAGAUGCUUGUGCGCGACUUGUACAUUGUAUCAGAUACCAUUGCGCACUUGUAUGUAUUAGUUUCCAAGUGAUUAACUGUGGGUUCUUGCAGUUGAGGUUUCACAAAUUAGAGAGUUUUAUGAGUGGAUUGUGUUGUAUCAAGCUCUGUUGAAAUUGAUGUAUGAGUAGUUUGGAUUGGUGUGUAUAGUUUUAACCUCAGACAAAAACCAUUGAGCUGUGAUUGUGAACAGUGCACCGCCGCAGAUGCUGUCUACUUGAUGAUGACAAUGGUAAGUUGACAUUCAUUUUCUGGCUCU